CCAUCACCACCAAAGUCCUCCUCAUUCACACCCAACAUGCAGCCGACAAGGGUUUUUUUCAAGAGAUCCGUGUGGAAGGGUCCGCACAUUGUCCCUCUCCCCAUCCAGCGCCCUGAGCCCGGCAAGAAGAUCGCUCCCAUCCGCACCCAGGCCCGGUCCGCCACCAUCCUGCCCAACUUUGUCGGCCUCAAAUUCCAGGUACACAACGGCAAGGACUACAUUGACUUGACUGUCACCGAGGAGAUGGUGGGGCACAAGCUUGGAGAGUUUUCUGCUACACGCAAGCCCUUCAUCUGGGGUAAGAAGAAAUAGACAAACCAACUUCUUCGUCUCUUCAGUGAUGAAGAAGAAGAAAAGAGAAGAAGAAGUCGAUUGAUUGAUGGAUGCGGGUUUGACACGUUUUUCUGUGGGCGGCGUUUAUUUCGGCAAAAAACAAAAAAGCAUAUUUUCGUUGCUUAUCUGUAUCAUACCAUACCAUUGUCAGAGGAGGGCACAGGUUUCUGUACACAUAUCAUAUUUUGGGCAAAUUAGAACUUUCGCUUGGAU